AUGUCAGUCCUAAAGAGUGAGGCUGCUGUGGUGGCCCAGCCUUUCGACGGCGAGUCUCAGCAGGAUGUCGUCGUUUCAGAGAAGAAAGGAACCGCUGGCGACCAAAAGGACAUGUAUCGUAUGGGAAAGCAACAGGAGCUGCGACGGAACUUCCGUUUCGUGUCAAUCUUCGGAUACAGUAUGGUGUUGAUGGCGACAUGGGAGACCAUCCUGACAACUCUCAUUAUCCCAUUGACCAAUGGCGGCACCGGUGGUGCCAUCGUCAUGUUCCUCGUCACAGCGGUGGGCAUGGGCUUUGUCAUUGUCUCAAUGGCUGAGAUGGCUUCAAUGGCUCCUACUUCCGGUGGACAGUAUCACUGGGUGUCUGAAUUCGCGCCAAAGAAACACCAGAAGUUCUUAAGUUACCUCGUUGGCUGGCUUUGUGUGCUGGGUUGGCAGACCGGAAUCGCGUCCAUCGCCUUCCUUGCUGGUGGUCAGGUCCAAGGACUCAUCAUCCUCAACAACCCCAACUACGUCCCCGAACGAUGGCACGGCACCCUCUUGGUCAUCGCGGUAGCAACCUUUUCGAUCCUGUUCAACACACUCCUAGCUCGUAAGCUACCUCUGGUCGAAGGCAUCGUCCUGGUGCUGCACAUCUUUGGGUUCUUCGCGAUCUUCAUCACCAUGUGGGUGCUUGGGCCGCGCAGCCCAUCCAGAGAGGUUUUCGGUGGAUUCCAAGACAACGCUGGAUGGGGUAGUGUGGGCCUGUCUGUGUUGGUGGGACAGCUCUCGCCAAUCUUCUCUCUCUUGGGUGCAGAUGCUGCUACCCAUAUGUCCGAAGAGUUGAAGGACGCAUCGCACACACUUCCUCGCGCCAUGAUCUGGACAGCAGUCGUUAACAGCAGUUUGGGUUUCCUCAUGCUAGUAACCUUCUGCUUCUGCCUCGGCGACGUCGAAAGCGCCAUCAUGUCGCCGACCGGGCAGCCCCACAUCCAGAUCAUGUACAACGCUACGCAGUCCAUUCCAGGGGCUACAGCUCUGGCAUCGAUCACGACUAUCAUGGCCGUAUUUGGAUGCGUCAACAAUGUGGCAACAUGCUCGCGCCAGCUCUUCGCCUUUGCUCGCGACCACGGCGUUCCAUUCAGUGCCUUCCUAUCCCGAGUCCGACCAGGCUGGGAUAUCCCUCUCAACAGUGUUCUUGUGUCUUUCGGUAUUGCCAUUGGUCUCUCCCUCAUCAACAUCGGCAGCACCGUGGCAUUCAACUCCGUCGCAUCGCUGGGCACGUGUGCUCUCCUCUCGUCCUACAUCGUCAGUAUCUCAUGCAUGUUCAUCAAGAGGUGGAACAAAGAACCCCUCCUACCAUGCAAGUUCUCGCUCGGUCGCGCUGGUAUCUGGGUCAAUGGCGUGUCUGUUGUGUAUCUGUGUGUAGUGUUGGUGUUCGCCUUCUUCCCCACAUUCCCGCACCCAACACCUGAUCUGAUGAACUGGAAUAUCCUCAUCUACGGCGUUGUCGUGGUAUUCUCUCUUGUUUACUUCUUUCUCAAGGGGCGCAAGGUGUAUGUUGGGCCUGUGGAGUAUCUCAACAAAGAUCUUUGA